AUGGCUAAUGAGGAGGAGAAUGAUAGGCUACGGAGGGAGGGAGUAAUCCUAUUUGACUCAAUCGAUGUUGAAAGGGGAUUGGAGGAAUGUAGGAGAAGCCUAGUGGAAAGAUUGCUUGCGGAUCGUUUGUUCACUAUUGGUAUAAUAGAUCCUGCCAUGACAGCUAUAUGGAGACAGCCGGAGGGAAUGAGAGUGAUAGAUCAUGGUGAAAAUGUUUUCCAGUUCUUUUUUGAGAAGGAAGUUCCUUGGUUGUUCAAGAAUUAUAUAUUCAAUAUCAAACGGUGGGUUCCGGAUAUGGAUGUAGCAACAGAAGAUUUUUCAACUGUCCCAAUUUGGAUUCAACUAUGGGGACUACCAGAAUAUUGCAAAACGAAAGAAUUGGGAAAGAAGAUUGGUGACUCGAUGGGAGAGGUGCUAGAGGUGGGGCUAUUUCUGAUGAGAGGAAGGGAGACUAGAAUUGUUAAAGUCAGAGUUGAUCUAGACGUUACAAAGAAGCUACAACAGGUGAUAAAAAUCGCAGGGCCAAAUAAGAAGAUUAUAGAGAUUCGAUUAAAAUAUGAAAGAAUUGGAAGUUUCUGUUUUCUUUGCGUCCAUCUAGGUCAUGAACUCAGGAACUGUUCCAGUAGCCUAAGUAUGGAGAACCAUGAGGGGGAUAAGGAGGAGCAGUGGGGGGAAUGGCUAAGGGCGGACCAGGUGGGAAGAAAGAUAAAGGAAAUGAAGGAGAAUCCCAAUUUUAAUCAACAAAAGGCGGGCUGGCAGAGUAACGAUCAGCGCAAAAAACCAACCCCAGUUAGUCUGCUGAGAAGUCUUGCUGGUCUCUCAAUAGAAGAAAAGGAGAACUCUAGUCAAUUGAAUCAAGGAGAAACAUUGGGUGUGAUAUUAAUGCAGAGCGAGAAAGAAGCUACUUCAGAUUCAACUAAGGCUAUUGAGAAUGCUAUAAUAACGAAAGACACGACAACAAUUCCAGUUGCAGAAAUGAGAGUUACCCAAGAUGAUGAGGCGUUUAAUAUCAACAAAAUUGGCAACAAAAAACAAAAGUUGAAACACUUAGCUAGGAAAGUGGAGCCGGGGAAGUGUUCUGUCGUUGGAAUUAAAAGGAGAAGUAGCGAGAUUGAAACGGAGGCAGAGCAUGAGGAUAUCAAGGUAGCUGAAACGGGAGAGGGUGCUAGCCCACAAUUGGCACCCAAGGAUCAAUGA